GCAGAGCCCCGGGCAGCCCCGGGACACCCCCGGCAGAGCCCCCAGAGCCAUGGAGUCGGUGGCCCUGUACAGCUUCCAGGCGACAGAGAAGGAUGAGCUGCCCUUCCAGAAAGGGGACACCCUGAAGAUCCUCAACAUGGAAGAUGACCAGAACUGGUACAAGGCUGAGCUGUUCGGCUGCGAGGGCUUUGUCCCCAAAAACUACAUCAAGGUCAAGCCACACCCGUGGUACGCGGGCAGGAUCUCCCGGCACCUGGCAGAGGAGCGGCUGCUCCAGCGCGAUCACCUGGGAGCCUUCCUGAUCCGCGACAGCGAGAGCGCCCCGGGCGAGUUCUCCCUCUCCGUCAACUACGGGAAGAACGUCCAGCACUUCAAGGUGCUCAGGGAGAGGAACGGCAAAUAUUUCCUCUGGGAGGAAAAGUUCAACUCCCUCAACAAGCUGGUGGAUUUCUACAGGAUGACCACGGUCGCCAAAGAGCAGCAGAUUUUCCUGUGGGACAAGGACCAGACCCAGGAGGUGAAGAGACCCCGAUUUGUGCAAGCCCAGUUCGAUUUCUCCGCCCAGGAGGGCUCCCAGCUGCCCUUCCUCCGUGGGGACAUCAUUGAGGUCCUGGACUGCCCCGACCCCAGCUGGUGGCGGGGGAAGAUCUACGGCCGCGUUGGGCUCUUCCCCCGGAGCUACGUCCACCCCGUCCGCCUGUGACCGUCACUGCUGGUCCUGGCCCCGGUGUCCUCACUCACCAGAGCUGCCUCCUGCCUGUCCUGAGUGUCCACUCACCCCUGAGUGUCCACUCACCCCUGAG